AUGCCUCCCAGGCUGAUGAUACGGUCCGGCAGCGUGCUGGGCCAGGCCAGAUGCAGCGGCGGCAAUGUGCCAUUCUCGUUGAUCGGCCGGCCUUGUGCAGCUGCUCGAAGCUUUGCGUCCUCGCGCGAUCUGGCGACCGACAAGACGGCUUCUGCGGCCAGCGGCAGCAGCAGUUCUGAUUCCGAGCCUCCGCGGAUACCACCCGAAUCACCGCGCUACAUCAACGUUCCCACACCCCCACAGUCUGAGGAGAUCCGCCGGCCGCCGCAACGGGGUCACCUCCCAAUUCCCCGGGACAUUUUCCACCUCAAGUCGUCCGCGGCAGCCAAAGACGGUGCGGAUGGGGAGUCGCAGCUGAAGAAGUCGGAUGCGGCCGCCUGGACGGCUGCUGCGGCGCCGCGGUCGCAGGCUGAGGAGCGCGGCGAGCCGCCCCGGAACGAGCGCGAAGCCUGGCGCCGGCGCCUGGCCGACAGCCGGCGAGAAAGUCUCGAGGCCGGUCUGUCCGGUUUGUGGGAGCGCCAGCAACAGCGCCAGCAGCGCGGGCGGGCGCGGGCGGAAAACGUGGCUAACCGAAAUCGGCGGGCUGCGCUGCUCAAACCAGACCACCAGGACGACGUGCUCACGCGGUCGUCGGUGCGUGAGGUCACGUCCAAGAUGACGGCUGUCAUUCGUGAUCCCCAUCGCCACGAGCGGCAGGCCGAGUCGGCCGCUCGCACGGCCGCGAUUGCGCAGUUUAAGCGCGAGGGCCGCCGUGACGCCCUGAUGGAGCUCUAUCAGGCGGCCGGCAAGUUCAUCGUCGACGAGGAAGAACUAGGACGCAAGGUGGACGAGCUGUUCCGGCCCGACUACUUCAAGGAGGAGGGCUACAGCUACGGGACGGUCAAUGCGGAGAACAUCUGGGACGUCGUGGGCAAGCCGUCGACGGUGCAGGACAUGAUGAGCGGCAUAACGCGGACAGAAACGAAGCUAUACGACUCCAAGCGGACGGAGGUCGACCGUACGACGAAGCGGCAGAAGCUGGUGGCGGAGGCACUCACUGGCGGCAAGAUGCCGGUCUAA